UAUGUUCCAGAGAACAACUUACUCCUUUUCUAGAGCUGCUGAUACAGACGAUGAUCUGUUGAUGUAAAGGUCAUUUUAUUUAUAUAGCACAUUUUCAGCAACAAGGCAAUACAAAGUGCUUUACAGGAUUUAAAAGGAAAUACAAACAAAGGAAAGACUUGCGUCUCUGUCCACACAAUCCAAACAGUCUGAGUGUUCGCUAGUUCAGCCAAGUCCGUCACAAAUUUGUAGAUAAGUCAGGUAUCCGCAAGCUCCAAACAGCAGAAAUCCGGUUAUCAUGAAUAAAUCAAGGGUGAAUCCCGCCGGGUGUGUCCCGGCAGGACAAGAGGGCUCUCCUUCGCCCAGUCUUCUCAUCGAGAAAAUUUGAUCAAUUGCAUUGAGAGACCGGUUGACCAGACCCUAAUUUGUAGAUUUGGAGGAUGUGCAAAGAAAGGCUCCAAAAAUAUAGAAAAAGACAAAAACAGAGCAAGCAGGGCAGGGAUGGAGCAGAGGAAAAAAGCGUCCGCCUUCACUAAGAGCAAGACAGUAAAAAAAAAGAGUGUGUUUUAGAGUCGAGCUUCAUCUGCUGGAACCCAGAUAUUCUGAUCCAAUGGCUUCUUUCGUAAACAGGUAAAGGAAGAAAAUGUCAAGGAUGUUCUGUCUGCUGCUGUGGCAGCUUGUUCUCAGAGUUUCCUGCCAUGUUGCUACAGGUAAGAACAUUUACUACAUCGUUAGUCAUGGGUGCUGCUUCAGUACAUCAACUGCUGGUUCUGUUUGGUCCUUAGCUAGUCUGUGUACGGCUGGCUCCAACAUCUUUGCGUCUGUCAGGGAGAACAGUCCAGCGGGUCAGUUCAUCUCACACAUCAGCAUCAGAUCUGACCCAAGAGCCAACACCGUGCGUCUGUGCCUGACCGGACCGAAUGCCAACUGGUUCUACUUAGAAGGUCGAACCAUCAGACUCAACUCGUCUGCAUCCAGAGUCCUGGACCGAGAGGUUCUGGGUCCGUUUCUGAUCGCCGAGCUCACCUGUUAUGAGGACGAUAUCAAACAAAGCCACUACAGGAUUCUGGUGGAGAUUCUGAAUGAAAAUGACAACAAACCAAAGUUCCUGGAGGAGACCAUCCAACCGUUCAUCAUCAGCGAGGUUGCAGCAGUAAACUCUGUGGUUUUCACUGUGAAGGCUGUCGACUCAGAUGGAGAUAUGAUCAGCUACAUCAUCGACCAAUCCUCGGAAGAUGCAUGGUUCUUCAGGAUCGACUUGCCCAACAGUGGGAAAGUGGUGCUGAGCAAACCUCUGGACUAUGAAAGCAGAGCUCGCCUACAGAUCAUCAUGUGGGCCCAGGAAUCAAACACUGAGGAGAAGUUCAACAUCUCCACUGUCCUCACCAUCGACAUUGAGGAUGUUGACGACCAGUAUCCUCACUUCCUGCCCUGCACACCUGUGUCCCCUGGAGUCCCGUUCUGCAUGAACCCAAUCUACACAGCCAACAUCACACAAAAACACCAGGACUCGGUUCUGGAGUUUUCUCCUGGUCCAAUCAGAGCCAGGGAUGGCGAUCGAGGCAUCAACGCUCCUCUCAUGUAUACGAUCCUGUCAGGUGACAAUCAUGACAGGUUUGUGAUGGACAACAGGACAGGUGAGAUCAGGCUAACCAGAGCUGUAGACGAGCGUCAGCCAGGAGCAAACUUCACGCUCAUCGUCAUGGUGUGUCAGGUAGAGGACCGGUUAAAGUACAGCGUGGCCACAGUUGUGGUCAGGGUUCUCAGUGAGAACUCCUUCCCGCCAGUCUUUAACACAACCACCUUCAAAGGCUUCAUCAUCCAGAGCUCAAGCCCCGCCUCCAUCGUUUCCACCUAUGGGAACCAGGUGUUGCAGGUCCAGGUAUCUGACCAGGAUUUCUCUGAUGGAGUGAACCCAAACAUUCGGUUCUUCCUCCAUCCGCCAUCCCGACUGUACCAGGUGACCCAGGAGGGGGUUCUGAUCGCCCGGACGGACCAGCUGAGGGCCUUUGACAGACACAUUCUGCAGGUUGUUGCCAGGGAUGAAGAAUCAGGAGAAGAAGCUUCAGCUUCAGUGGACAUUGAAGUCCUGCAACGAGGACAGGCAGUGCCUCAUGGUGCGUUCACAGAGCAACUGCUAUUUGGGGAUGUGGACAGCAGGUUGGCAGGAGGAAUCGUAGCUCUGAUUCUGCUGACGUUUCUGUCAGCCUUCCUGUUUCUGCUGCUUCGAUUCGUGCGAAGGCGCCGGCCGCAGGAAGCUGAUGUCCUGCCAGCCACCACAACCUUACAGCACCAUAAGGUGAGUUCCAGGUCUCCAGGCUUCAUGGACGAGGCUCUCCGUCGCCAAGCCUCCUUGCGGUCAGGCAGCUUCCAAGGCAGACAGGGUCUCUACAUCCGUAGGCAGUCUCUUCCUCCUCCAACUUCCUCCUCCUCAGCAGCAGACAGCAGGUCCAGACCUCAGUCUCCAUCCUCGGAGGUCUCUCUCAGCGAUCCGGCAGGCCGCUGCCGCUUCCAGACGGAUCUGUUCGUCGUGGUAGAGAAACCUGCAGGUGUGGCGUCCGGCUGGGCGAGGUCACCUGACGUCACUGCAGGCCUGCAGGUCCAUGCUGGGAUGCCCCAGAGUGACGAGGACAUUAACAUUGACCAAUCAAAGGAGGACACUUGAAAGAUUGUUCCAGUCAAUCACAGAUUAAGACUGCCUGGGACACACAAUGUGUGAUUGAUGGGCAGAUUUAAACUCAUACUCUCUUUGUUUUUAGUGGUUUGAAUGAAAAAUGCCUUCAGAAAUUACUUAUGAAUAAAAACAUGUUUAAUUUCUGUGUAAAAAAACAUUGUGGUCCAAAAACAGGAAGAUUUUCCCCUGAGACUUUAACUGUACCUGCAGUAGUGAGCAGAGCGACCACCAGGGGACCCAAGCGAGCUGGCUCCGUGCCCUGCAUCCUGAGGCGGAGACAAACGCAAACAACAGAAUGAAAUCCUGUUUCCUUUUUCCAUCUGUAUGGUUUAAUCAGAUCUUCUGAGAAGUUCUGCUGAUUAAAUCUCCCUGGUGACACUAGGAACCAAAGGUCUGGCCCUCGUUUCAGAUGGGAAUAAAAACAUCAGUUGAACUCCAAAUGAACUUUGUUCAUGUUUCUACUGGAUCUUCAUGAAUCUGAUCAGUAGCCAGAAAAACAUAAAUAUUUUAAAAGUAAUAAAAGAUGAAGUGUUUUAUUGA